AUGGGUGCAUCCAUGGGUUUUCCAUGGCCGGUGAUGCGCAGCGAUCAAAGCAGCGAGAGGGCGGCGGCAGGAGCGAAACGGAGCAACCCCGAAUCACUUCUGGUCGUCACAGCCGAUAUCAGCGCCACCCCCUUGUCGUUCCCCUCCUCGCCGUCGCCGGUGACCUCCUCCACCGGCGGCGGGGUGGAGUCGUCGGCGCUGCCGCUGUGGGAGUACAGCGGCGACGAGCUGGCGGCGGCGACGGGGAGGUACGACGGCGCGAGGAGGAGGCUGGGGCAGGGCCAGACCGGGGCGGUGUUCAGGGGGACGCUCCUGGGGCACGACGGCGUCGCCGUCGACGUGGCCGUCAAGAGGUUCCACGACAUCCUCUCCGAGGAGAAGAUGAGGCUCGUCUGCCGGGACCUCAGGGCUCGCCGCUUUCUCCAGGACAGGAACGUCGUCCGCCUCCAUGGUUAUGGGUUUUGCGUGAGAUAUCGGAAACUCCACCUGGUGUACGACUACAUGCCCCACGGCAGCCUAUCCCAGCACCUGUUCGCCGGUGCAGGGAGCUCGGCGGCGAUCCUGAGCUGGGAUCGCCGCUCCAAGAUCAUCGCCGGCGCCGCCCGGGGCCUGCACCACUUCCACAGCCACGGCGCCGUCCACGGCUGCGUCACGGCCUCCAACAUCCUCAUCGACAACGACUUCACCGCGCGCCUCGGCGACUUCGGCUACUCCUGGUCCCGCCGCUUCCGGCGCCGCUGCACCAGCCCCGCCCCGACGGGCGACAUCGUCAGGAUGAGCAGCGAAACGGACGUCCUCUGCUUCGGCGCGGUGGUCCUCGAGGUCGUCUCCGGCCGCCGGUCCGACCUCGACGACUCCGGCGGCGGCGACGGUGAUCGUCGUCGUUUCAGGUCCCUGGUCGAGUGGGUCUGGGCGCUGCACGAGGCAGGCCGCAUCCUCGAGGCGGCUGAUGCGACCCUUGGCAUCGCUGCCGGCGACGAUGGCGGCUGCGGCGGUGGCCGGAGGAGAGAUGCGGUCGAGGCCAAGAAGAUGCUCCUCGUCGGACUUGCCUGCAGCCACCCUGACCCCAAGCAACGGCCCAAGAUUAGGGAUGUCGUCGAGAUCCUUAAAUCUGACGGUGUGCAGCCGCCGAAGGUGCCGCCGUCGAAGCCGAAAUACCAAGAACGGUGA